CCGACGAUCAACAUCAACCAAGUGUUAUGAAAAUAGAGUGUGCAAAGAUAGCAAGAGACAAUGAAGAAAGGUGCAUAGUCUGUCGAGGGAAGAGAGGAGAGGAGCCUCUUACUUGGAAGACCCGAUGGUCUAUUUAUAGACAAAAUCUUGUAUGUGCUGUUGCUUUGGACUUUGGUAGUACCUAAAAAUAUUUUAUGAACUUAGAUCUAUACGUAUUAUGUGUAUCUUAGUUACGAUGUCUCUUGUACUACACGUGGCUCCACCUUUACUCCAAUUGUAUCGUGCUAUCUUGGGAGAGAAUCAUUCCCGUGGGAUUAUCUAGAAUAUAGAUUCCUCACUAAGGCUUGGUAACCAAGUGGGCAAAUGGCAAUAAUAACAAUGAUGAUGCUCGAUGGGGAAAACAAUGGGCAAGAAUUGUGAAAGAUGGAGAAUGCACAAGCAUAAAUUUUGAAGUGACAUAGAGAACAUAGGUCCAUUCAAGGUGAAGACAAUGACUAGGAAAAGAUUUGACCAGUUCAAUUUGCAGGAUGACAACUUCGGCAUAAGAAGUCUAGCACGAUAUUCGUCAUUAAAGUUUCAACGUUUUAGAAUGUAUCUAUAAGAGUUAGGCUAUAUCUAAUAUAGAACUGGAAAAGAGUUCGAAUUUUGUGGGUAACUAAGUGCAACAGUAAGAGGAUUUUAUUUUCAUUCGUAAUCGCAUAAAAAUCAUCCAUCCCAGUGAAUCUCGAAAAAUGAAUUACUCCCCUAUAGAGAGGAAAUGUGAUAUGUGAGUUAAUAGUUAUGCCCUUAUAGGAUGAGGGUGAAAAUGGGAGAUAAAAAGGGUGGAUAUGGGUUCAAGUACAUUGGGCCUGGUUUGGCCCGUUUUCAGACCCAAAAUUCGUACCCGCCAGCCCAGAAGUCCACGGCGGCGCGCGCUCUCAAUCUCUCGUCGUCUCCGCCUACCAAAAAUUUCAGCUCAGACAACAAGAUCGAGAGGGAAAAAAGCUCUAAACUUUUAACAGUUUCGGCUCAAAUUUUCAGUCACCCAACUCACAUACAGACUCCGGUCCCGCUUUUCCGACGGCUUUUUCCAUAGGUAACGACCAAGUAAGCUCGAAGAAGCAAAACCCAGUCGCGCUGAGCUUGCAAUCAGGGAAGAGAGAGGAGAAAAGGGGGUAAUCUUAGGGUUUUGGUGAGUAGUAGAGGAAGGAAAUGGCGAAUCAGGGAGCUAAGAAGCGCAAGGAAGAGAACGCCCGCCACAUGGCUAAUCUCCUCCGCAUCAUCAUCGCCUGCAAUGCCAUAUAUAUUGUGGUGAGGCUGCUUGUUUUCCAUUCGAGCUUCACAUGGAAGCACUGGAUUGGCCUGGCCUUGACAUCUCUUGCGUAUUACUUGCCCUACCAACAACUUGCUUCAAUGGCGAAGCCUAGUUAUGGAGAUGAUGGGGAGCUUUUCGAUGGUGGGUUUGAUAUGAGCACUGGUGGGAUAUGUGGCUAUCUUCACGAUGUUAUCUACAUCACCAGCUUUGUGCAGAUUGCUUCCAUACUGUCUGAUAAGUUUUGGUACACUUAUCUUGUGAUACCGGCAUUUGGAGCAUACAAAUCUUCUGGAUUGAUCAAAGGAUUACUGUCACAAUUCAUGCCACAAGGCUCAGGGGGAGCUGAAGAGGAUGAGAAGACUCGUAAGAAGAGAGAAAAGAUGGAGAGGAAAGCUUCAAGAGGCAAGUUCGUCAAGACAAGAACCAGGUGAGAUUUGAUGAAGCUGAGUCCCUCAUGGAAAGGACAGGCUGGCAGUUUUAGGCAAAGAAGAUUAGAAGCUGCAUAAGCUAGUCUAUGUUUGCUAAAGAGGGGGGGAAUUUGGUAGAAGGUAAAGCUACUUUCUUUCUGUUUCCUGGUUAUGUUGCCAAAAGGGAGAAACCCCUGAAAAUUACAUGUGACUUCUGGUUCGGGAUGUAUGCAUGUCAGGGGUUGUUUAGAACCCUUGAUGUUUGCUUCUUAAGAGUGUUGGGAUAGCAUGAGAAUGUGUACACAUCCAUUAGUCUCUGACUGGUACCAUAAACGAAAUGUUCAAAUGAAAACUCGCAUUUAUU